ACUAGCAAACAUGGUGGGCAAAAUGAAUGGAAGAAACUAUUGAUGGUUACAAACUGGGGAUAAACUUGUUGUUAUCAUGCUAGUUGCACCAAGAACAUCAACGUGGCACUCAACUGACACUGAACUCUUGUAAAACGGUUCAAGUGAGUUAACUAAAUUAUGUCAUGGCGUUCCCUGAGCCCAGACCUCAGGCUCCUCAGCUCCCUCAACAUCUACUCAGGACCAUAGACUGUCAGCAAGGAGCUGUCAGGGCUGUUCGCUUUAACGCUGAUGGGAACUACCUGAUGACUUGUGGCAGUGACAAAUCUCUAAAGCUGUGGAGCGUGAGCCGAGGGACCCUGCUGAAGACAUACAGCGGCCAUGGAUACGAAGUUUUGGAUGCUGAUGGUUCGUACGACAACAGCCUGCUCUGCUCCUGCAGCUCUGAUAAGACAGUGAUCCUGUGGGACGUCGCAACAGGCCAGGUCACACGAAAACUCAGAGGUCAUGCUGGGAAAGUCAACUGUGUCCAGUUCAAUGAGGAGGCAACUGUAAUAUUGUCUGGAUCCAUAGAUGGAACAGUUCGGUGCUGGGACACCAGGUCCAGAAGAUUUGAACCAAUCCAGGUUCUAGACGAGGCCCGGGACAGCGUCAGCAGCCUGAAGGUGGCACAACAUGAGCUGCUUAUCGGGUCGGUUGACGGCAGAGUGAGGCGCUAUGACCUGAGAAUGGGACAGCUACAUGUCGACUUCAUCAACAGUCCCAUCACAUGUGUGUGUUUCAGUCAGGAUGGUCAGUGCACUCUGAGCUCCAGUCUCGAUUCAACAGUCAGACUACUGGACAAGAGCACCGGGGAAAUGCUUGGAGAGUAUACAGGGCACAAGAUGAAGGGCUAUAAGCUGGACUGCUGCCUGUCCAGUAAAGAUACCCACGUCCUGAGCUGCUCAGAGGACGGACACGUCUACUGCUGGGACCUGGUGGAAGGUUCUUUAUCCUUGAAACUGCCAGUGGGGAAAGCUGUUGUCCAGUCGCUGUCCUUCCACCCCACAGAGAUCUGCCUCCUCACAGCCAUGGAGGGGCGUGUGCAGGUGUGGGGGGCAGAGCCAGAGGAGACAGAGGAGGAUGCCAUGGCCACAUAGACACGACUUUACAAGAGAACCUGCCAGCGAACUUGUCCUCUCCGAAUCGCCUCGUCCUCACACACCAUCAUGCGUCCCUCCCCCCUUCAACCGUCUCUGCUCAGCCGUCUAGCCCACGCAGCUGCAGCCCGCGGCCGACAGCUUCUCCACCUUGUGCCAGCGGUGCGAGUUAUCGAGGAAGGCCAUGUCCUCGUGGUGGGUGGGCCUGCAGCAGGGCGUGUUGUGCCACAGCUCCCCAGGUGCUGGUUGAGGGAGGACCCCACUUAGCAGCAGGUUGGUAAGGGUGAGGUCGUGGUUGGAGCGAACGUGGGGACACGUCCCACUGCAGUACUUGAAGAGGACGGUCUCGUCUGAGUCGUAGCCCAGCCCGAGGUCCCGAACCUGCAGCAGGAUGGAGCGCAGGCCACACUGGGAGUCUAGAGGGGAGCGACGGGACCGGACUGGGAUUGGAAUGAUUGGAUCGAAUGAUGGCCCGAAUGCAGAAACUUCUGCUGGGCCAUCUUCUGCAGCUGGAUCUCUGUUUUUCUUGUUAUCAUUUGGUGAUGCGUGUGGAGAUGCUGUCUCUUGUUUUUGACCUGGAAAAGGCAGAAAAGGGUUACCUAUACAUGUAAUGUACAAAAUUAAUGUUUGAAAAUGUCUAAAAAUGUAAACACCACUUAUUGAUUCGCUGAACUGGAAAUUAAUAACUUCUAAAAAGCAGAAAACCAGAGUUUAAAGUGAUACAUACUAAUGUUUAGAUACAGAAAUUAACACAUUGCUCUCAAAGCAGGCAAAAAUGAAAUUGUAACCAAAAGGUCAUAGGUCACGACCUUCCCUUCAGCCAGCACUUACCAAUCAGUGAUCUCAGCAAGUGGCUCUCUCCUCUCUGGACGCAAAACAGAAUCACAACCAGCUUCAACAGGGACCUCAUCGCUACAGUCUGCUCUUCGUCUGAGCCGUCACUUAAAAUGAACCAGACACGUGUGUGUUUGUAUGUCUGCGAGUGUCGGCGGGUGCGAGUGAUGCUUAAGAUGCAGACGAGUCACAACCUCCAAUAUAUAGCCCUCGGAGAUGAAGGGGGGUGAAGGGAUGAGGUGAGGAGGUGUAGGGGGGAGACAGACACUAACCCGUUACUUGCCAGCAGACUAUCCCACUCACCUGUGCCUGACAGGGAGCGUAGGAGGGCAGGCGGGCGCUUGACCCAGAAUUUGUCCUGUUGGGAUUAUCUAAUUGGUGUAAAUCACUGGCUUAUUGUUGAGUUUUCCCCAGAUGUUUUUCCAGAGGAUGUUGGCCCCUGGCAAAAUGGAUUCCCAGAGGUUUGGGGUUUCUUGCAAAUUUAAGAUUGGACAAUGAUGUCACAAUGAUGAUGCUGAGAAGUAUGUGUGAUAAAUGAAUCAUUAGUUAGGUAGCUGGACAGACACGGAAGUGGAAAGGCAGGCAAGCAGACAGCCAGAAAUUCCUAAACAGAAUCAUUACAUAAAUGUAGGAAAUGUAAAGGAAAGGUGAAAGGUUAAAAAAGGCAGGACGAGUCAUGUCUUAAAAUAGGCCCCUUUCGUAUUGUGCUUUUGUCACUUUUCUUAUCGUAAACGUAACCUCUAAGUAUCGCUAAAAGCCGAAAAAGAGAACUUUAAGAGGUUAAAAACACCAAAGGGAAGUCAGGUUAUAAUUAGAACACAACGGGGCCUGUUUCAGCAGACAUUCCACAAUGGGCGACUUGUCUUGAGCUGGUCCAUAAAUUGAGGGAUUUCAUCAGCAAUGUGUGGCUGACAUGUAGAUUAUGUAGAAUAUGCAUUAUGUAACGGUUAUAGGGCCCAAACAGGCA